CAGCUCCCAAGGGGCUAAGAAGCUGGAGCACUGGGGAGGAGGAAGAACUGAGCCAGACUUUGGCAAGACCCCCUCCCCCCACCAGGAAGCAUGAACAGGAAAGACAGCAAGAGGAAGUCCCACCAGGAAUGCCCAGCAAAGACAGGGGGGCGGGGCCGGCCCCGACAGGCCCGGCGCCACAAGACAUGCCCCAGCCCCCGGGAAAUCAGCAAGGUCAUGGCUUCCAUGGCUCUGGGCAUGCUGAAUGAGGGCGGCUGCAGCGAAGAUGAGCUGCUGGAGAAAUGUAUUCAGUCCUUCGACUCAGCUGGCAGCCUGCGCCGUGGGGACCACGUUCUCAACAUGGUGCUGGCCAUGCACAGCUGGGUGCUGCCUUCCGCCCACCUCGCUGCCCGCCUGCUGACCUUGUACCAGGAAGCCACAGGGGACACACAGGAGCUGAGGCGGCUGCAGAUCUGCCACCUGGUCAGGUACUGGCUGACCCAACACCCGGAGACAGUGCAUCAAGAGCCUCAGCUAGAAGAGGUUAUCGGGCGCUUCUGGGCCACUGUGGAGCAGGAGGGCAACUCUGCCCAGAGGAACCUGGGAGACUCCUCCACCCUCCUGAGCCCCGGGGGCCCUGGCCCCCCGCCCCCUCUGAGCAGCCCAGGCCUCGGCAAAAAGCGCAAAGUGUCCUUGCUCUUCGACCACCUGGAGACGGAGGAGCUGGCUCAGCAUCUCACUUACCUGGAGUUUCGCUCCUUCCAGGCUAUCACGCCCCAGGAUCUGCGGGGCUACGUUUUGCAGGGCUCCGUGCGGGGCUGCCCGGCCCUGGAGGGAUCCGUAGGCCUCAGCAACAGCGUGUCCCGCUGGGUGCAGGUCAUGGUGCUGAGCCGUCCGGGGCCGGCACAGCGCGCGCAGGUGCUGGACAAGUUCAUCCACGUGGCACAGAGGCUCCACCAGCUACAGAAUUUCAACACACUGAUGGCGGUCACGGGGGGCCUGUGUCACAGUGCCAUCUCCAGACUCAAGGACUCCCAUGCUCAUCUGAGCCCUGACAGCACCAAGGCCCUGCUAGAACUGUCUGAGCUCCUCGCUGCCCACAACAACUACGCCCGUUACCGCCGCACCUGGGCUGACUGCACGGGCUUCCGGCUGCCGGUACUGGGCGUGCACCUCAAAGACCUGGUGUCCCUGCAUGAGGCGCAGCCCGACAGGUUGCCAGACGGCCGCCUGCACCUCCCCAAACUCAACAGCCUCUACCUGCGGCUGCAGGAGCUGGCAGCCCUCCAGAGGCAGCACCCGCCCUGCAGUGCCAAUGAGGACCUGCUGCAUCUGCUCACGCUUUCCCUGGAUCUCUUCUACACGGAGGACGAGAUCUAUGAGCUUUCUUACGCCCGGGAGCCCCGCUGCCCCAAGAGUCUGCCACCCUCCCCCUUCAAAGCGCCCCUGGUGGUGGAGUGGGCCCCUGGCGUGACACCCAAGCCUGACAGGGUCACCCUGGGUCAGCACGUGGAGCAGCUGGUGGAGUCUGUGUUCAAGAAUUAUGACCCAGAAGGCCGAGGAGCCAUCUCUCAGGAGGACUUUGAGCGAUUCUCAGGCAACUUCCCCUUCGCCUGCCAUGGGCUUCACCCCCCGCCCCGCCCGGGGAAUGGCUCCUUCACCCGAGAAGAGCUGACGGCGUACCUGCUCCGGGCCAGCGCCAUCUGCUCCAAGCUGGGCCUGGCCUUCCUGCACACCUUCCACGAAGUCACCUUCCGCAAGCCCACCUUCUGUGACAGCUGCAGUGGCUUCCUCUGGGGCGUCACCAAGCAAGGCUACCGCUGUCGGGACUGUGGGCUGUGUUGCCACAAACACUGCAGAGACCGUGUGAAGGUGGAGUGUAAGAAAAGGCCAGGGGCCAAGGGCGAUGUGAGCCCCCCUGGAGCCCCUGGCCCACCCACACCAGCUCCCCACGCCAGCUGUGGUAAGACCCAGGGUGUGGCAGUCCCGGGAAGGAGGCCUGGUGGAUGGGGAUUAACUUCAAGGUCACAAGGCCCUUCCCGUCGUAACCACGCCACCCACGCCCAUCACCCCACAAACAGGCACAGAGGACAAUCUCUCCUACACACUAUCCCUGGAGCCGGAGACGGGGCACCAUCUUCGCCAUGCUUGGACUCAGACAGAGCCCCCGCACCCUUCCUGGGAACCACAGACGGUGCCCCUCGAACGACGGCCCUGCCCACCCAGCCCUCCACGCUGAAUUCCUAGACCCUGCUUGGGUCUGACCUCUCUCACCUCCCCCACAGUCAGUCCCAAGUCCUAUUCUUCGGCCUCCAGCAGGACCCCCAAAGGCGUCACCUCCUUCGCAUCCACACUGCCUUCAGCGAAGAGUUUGUCAUUUCUUACUCCGAAAGUUUCUUCUUUUGCAUCAGAGUGCCUACAACCUGUAUUCUGUUUUCCUGCACUUAGCAUCUGUGUGGUUUCAUGGUGGAUAUGUUUAGACCUAAGUGUCAUCUCACCGAGUCCUUACAUCUCCAUUUUACAGAUAAGGAAACCGAGGCCCAGGGAGGUUAAGCUGCUCUCUAAGGUGGCAGAGCUCCUAAGUGUUGGAGGCAGGACUCAAACCCUGGUCUUCUGUCUGCCUCUAAAACGGAAGCUCCUUACCAAUAUGCUACACUGACAGCAUGGGUCAGGAUGGGAGGGGAUAGGCUGGGCAGAGUUCCUAACUCUGGGGCUCCAGAGACAGGAGAGAAGGCUGGAGUAGAGAUGGAACAGGGAGCCUGUGAACACCUGAGUCCCUCCUCUGCUCAGAGCCCUUCCACGCCUCGGUCUCACUCGGGGGAAAGCCAGAGUCCUCACUGUGGCCCACCUCCCACAAUCUAUUUGUCACCUCUCUGACCUUACCUACCACCACCCACCCCCUUACUCAUCCUGCUUCAGCUACACUGAACCCUAUGGUCCCUGAACGUGCCAAAAAUACUCCUACCUCAGGGCCUUUGCACUGGCAGUUCCCUCUGCCUGGAGUGCUCUUCCAGAGGCCUCCAUGGCUCCCUCUUUGGGACUUAGCUCAAAUGUCACCUUCUCAGUGAGGCCCCUCUGACCAUACUCGAAGUUGCAAUCCACCCCCAGUCCUGCUUCUGUUUUCCUGCUUUGUUUUUUCCCCAAAGUCCUUUACCCAUCUGACAAACAAUACUUUUUUACCUAUUUAUCUUGUUGAAUGUCUGCUCCUCGUCACCAGAAAUGUCAGCUCCAGGACAGCAGGGGUUUUUAUAAUCUAUACUUUUCGCUACUGUAUUCCUGGUGCCUAGAACGGGGCUGGCACAUGGUGGGCACCUGAGAACUGUUCGUCCAAUGCCGGCAUGUCUCCUUCCCUAUGCCCACAGGAAGGGAAAGAUGUGUUGCUAAAGAGCAAAGGACUAUGAGGGUCAGAGCAACAGGGGCCUGUUGAAACCCAGUGGACAUAGACACCCCUACCCCUUCUCAAACCUGAGCACCCCUGGCCUGACCCCACAGAGACAGGUCCUACAGCUGUCAUAAAUUAAAUUUAUUUUCUAGAGAA